UAAGCACUUAGCUAAAUUGUGAUUCGCUGUUUAAAUUUACCAAUUCAUUGAAACUACUUCAGUCGAAUAGUGCACUCUAUAAAAGUAAGAUGAGUCUAAAUGUUUACCAGCAAAGUUUCUAUCAAAUUAAUUGGAAAAAAGUGAAACAAAAGAGGCAUAUACAAUAAUAUCUAAUUACCAAUGGCAUGUAAAUGUCCUGAUAUUGGCUGGGGUGUAGCAUGGUUUUUAGUAUUUCUGUUAUCAUUGCCAGUGGGAUUUUUCUGUGCAUUCCUGUUUGUCAUAUUCUCAAUAUUUCGUUCAUGUUUCGAUGCAUGCAUGAAAGCUACCGAUGGAUUGCUGAAAGGCGCAGAGUUACCAUUUUUCUGUAUGAAGAAGACUAUCGCAUGUGAAAAAAUGUGCUAACAACUUGUACAAUAUGUUAUGCAUGAAUAACUAACAUAUAUAUUGUUAUUAAUAAUAAUAUUGUUAAUUUGUCAUGACAGUUUCUGUUUGUACACAGUGUUUUUUUUUUAAUUAUAAAACAUUGAUAAUUUUUAUGAUUUGAUGCAUUCAUCCAGUCACCUUAUACUGUGAUAACGUUUCACUCUAUCAGUUAUUCAACAUCGUACCAUUCAGUGCUGUAGAAAUAAGAUACACUGAUGAAUUAUUCCGUUAAUCCUUGUUAGUAUAUAUAGUUGUUGUUAGAAAGUAACCGGCCUCCUGCUUAUAUUUUAAAACUGAAAGCUAGGGGACUACAUUGUGGCUACUUUUUAUCCCACUAAUCCGACCUCAGUGACCGUGUUUCUAAGUUAGAACAGACGUCUUUGAAUGUGAGCUUAUCCUAACCCAAUUCCUGUUACUUUUAAAUUAGAAGUUUAUUGUUAAAAAAUUCAAUGCAUUGGAGCUGAUGUAGCUACCCAGUGAAAUAUUUGAACAUACUACUUGAUGUAUUACAAUAAAACCUGUUUUAUUUCAAAUUACAUACGAUGAGACAUGAUUAGACAGCGUGGUAUCUCGCUAGUAAAACAUUCUUCAGUUGGCAGAUUUAUUGUGUGUAAUUCACUGUUUGUUGAAUAAAAUACAUACAUAGGAUUUUUAGUUAGCCUUACUGAUUGGUACGAGAAAGUUUUCUAAGUUUGACUUAAUAUUCAUGAAAUCAAACCUCUAGUCUUGGUACUUUGUGUUGUAGAAUUUUCGCUUUUUGAAGGUAAU